UGGUUUUUCCUAACUUGCCCUCAGUCGGCAUGGCAGCGCUGUGUGGAGAAUUAAAGUGAAGUUGGCUGUAUUUUGAAAGUAACUGCACAAACAAAUUUAAAACUCACAGCCACUGCGAAACAUAAAUAAUUAAAUAAAUAAAAAGACCGUGAAGCCGACAUGCCAAGGAAAAGGCCUUUUAGUGCUAAACAGAAGAAGAAACAGCUGCAGGUCAAUCGGGAGCGCAAGAGAGGUUUAACUGAUGAACUUAAUUUGGGCCAAAACAGCCGCAGUGGUGGCAUUGAAAAACCACUAGAUGAAAACAUGGAUACUUCAGACGGAGAAUCUCUUUCUCACAUGGUCAGAAAAGUUAAUCAACAGCCAAGACCUUAUGGAGGGAGGAAUUAUGACCCAAAUAGGUAUCGGCUGCACUUUUUCCGAGAGACUAGAGAAGAGCUUGAGCACAGGAAGAAAAUAGCACAAGAAAGAAUUUUACAGCUUGUUCCAGAGUCUGAAAUGGAAAUGGACAUUAAUUACAUAUACAAGCCUGGCUCUGUGCUUGAUUUUCCCAAAAGGCCAGUAUGGGAUUACCACAUGUCUAAAGAACAGGUUUUGGAGCGUGAAGAGAAAUCAUUUCAGGAAUAUUUGAACAGAAUCUACUGCCAAUAUGAACCAACCCAGCUCAGCUACUUUGAGCACAAUUUAGAGACUUGGAGACAACUAUGGAGGGUGAUGGAGAUGUCAGAUAUUUUACUUCUCAUCACAGAUGUACGAUACCCAGUUCUUCAUUUCCCUCCAGCAUUAUAUUCAUUUAUUAGAACAGAUAUGAAGAAGAGUCUCAUUCUAGUGCUGAACAAGAUUGAUUUAGCUCCACCAGCUCUGGUGGUUGCUUGGAAACAUUAUUUUCAUUCAAUCUUUCCUGAGUUGCAAAUUGUCUGUUUUACUUCUUUUCCACGAUCAAAAAGUGGGGACCAGAAUCCAGAAGGAGUUUUCAGGAAACGUCAGAAAAGGAGACCUAGUCACUGGGCAGCUGCUGUGGGUUCUACACAGUUGCUGAAAGCUUGUGAAACCAUUGUUGCUGGAAGAGUGAAUUUGACAUGCUGGCAAGAAAAAAUUGAUAAAGAUGCUGCUGCCUCUUCACAUCAGGAUGCCGGGGGCUCAGAUGAAGAUAACGAAGAUGAGACCAUUUCCAUGGAACAUUUUGAUGAUGCUUCUGAAGAGUUAGGAAUGCCUUGCCAGGAGCUCUAUAAAGAAGGUGUUCUUACAUUGGGAUGUGUUGGAUUUCCCAAUGUUGGAAAAUCUUCUUUGGUAAACGGGUUAGUGGGUCGGAAAGUGGUGAGCACAUCACGAACACCAGGCCACACCAAGUACUUCCAGACAUACUUCCUGACACCUUCUGUUCGGCUGUGUGACUGCCCUGGCCUUAUAUUCCCCUCUCUUGUUAACAGACACUUACAGAUAUUGGCAGGAAUUUACCCUGUUUCCCAAAUCCAGGAGCCAUACACAACAGUGGGAUACUUAGCGGAAAGAAUUCCUAUCCAGAAAAUUCUAAAACUUAAACACCCAAAAGAAAAUGAAGGGUCUGCAGAUCCUCAUUGGUGCGCCUGGGAUAUCUGUGAAGCCUGGGCUGAGAAAAGGGGCUACAAGACAGCCAAAGCAGCUAGAAAUGAUGUUUAUAGAGCAGCAAACAGCCUCUUGAGGCUGGCAACAGAUGGGCGUCUGUGUCUGUGUAUGCAACCACCAGAGUAUGGAAAAUGUAAAGAGGACUGGGAGCAGGACCCUGAGACAGCUGAAAUUGCUGCUUUACAAGCUGCAGUUAAGCAAGAUGACCAGCCUAGCUCUGAAGGAGAUGAAAUAACUAGCUCAGAACAAGAGGAUGAGGAAGACCUUGAUACAGAUGAAGAAAAUGAAUUAAUAACAUCUAAAGAAGUUUUCAAGGGAGGCAAAUUUCAGUGUAGAAACAUGUUUUCCUUACUUACAGAGAAUGACUGUUAAUGGUCUGCUCUCAAUAAACGUAACAGGUUGCUGUGGAAUAACAGACUUUGUUUAUAUUUGAUUUUAUCCAACCUAACAGUUGACAAUGAAAAACAGAAUUACUGUACAGAAAACUGCAUUCCUAUCACAAACAUUCAACAUUCUUUUUUGUUCCAUUAGGGUUUUUUUCCCCAGUGUUUCUCCAUAAAAUUCCAGUAAUUUACUACUGGCUUAUGAGUCUGUGCCACUCAAGAAUGACAUCCAUUUUAGGGACCACAGAGUUACUCCUUUGUUAUUCAUGAAUUUCCAUAUGCAAGUGAUGUAAUAUGAGGACCUGUUUAAAAUGACUUAGUAACUUUAUUUAUUAUGGCAUGUCUGUUAAAGAAUUAAAUACAGCUUAUAUGUACAGUGCAUCCGGAAAGUAUUCACAGCGCAUCACUUUUUCCACAUUUUGUUAUGUUACAGCCUUAUUCCAAAAUGGAUUAAAUUCAUUUUUUUCCUCAGAAUUCUACACACAACACCCCAUAAUGACAACGAGA